CGGACGCCAUUUUGCCGCCGAGUUUCCCCCGCCGCACGGCCGGGCCUUUUUUUCUUAAAGGAGAAGCGGCAAUGUUUUUUUUAAAUCUAAACUAAGUCUCCCUCGCGCUUCAAACUCCGGAGCGAAAAAGGAGAGAGGAACUUGGGAAGGUAUCGGCUCUGCUUUAUUUUUUGUUCUUAUUUCGCUCUUGCAAACUGAGCGGGAUCUAUCAGCCCGGUCCAUGCUGGAGGGUGGGCGGCGACGGUAGCCGAGGGGGGACUUUCUUAGUUUUAUCUUUGCUAGGCGAAGGUGCCCCUGCAGCAAGGGCUCCCACAGCGGUGCGCCUUCGAACUACGGAGGGUUUUGACGCGGACGGGCGCGCGCUCUCGCGGGGAAAGGGCUGUUAAACGGCUGCGUGAGCGCGCUUUGGAACUGCCAGGAUUUCCUUACCGCGCGUGCGCAGACUCGCGCACGAAGGGACACUCCGCGCCGCUGAUUGGCCCGCGCCGUUUGCGACUCUGAUUGGUCGGCUUGGGCAUCGAAGCGGGUUAAGAGGUGUGUGUGUGUCUGUGUGUUCCAUCUCCUCCCCUGAUUGGCCUCCGGGAGCUGGGUGGGCGGGACCUUGAGAGCUGCCCGAACUCUGAACCGGGUUUUGAUUGGCUGGAGAGCCACGCGCGCGGGGAGGCUGUGCUGCCGCUGCCCUUAUCGCGCGGGCAGAGCGCCACUGACAGGAGACGCCGACGCCGCUUCGCCAGCUGCUCUGAUGCCGGGGGCCUCGGAGAAGGCGCAGAGCCACGAGGAAGAGCCGCAGCAGGAGCCACUCCAGCAGCCCUCUCCUUCGCCGCCGCCGCCGCCGGAAGAGAAGGGAGACGACAAGGAGCGGGCUCUGCCUCUCCCCGGCCGACGCCGGCCCCCGCCCAAGGCCCAGCCCCAGGAGGACUCCGGCAGCAGCAGCAGCAGGGUCCUCCGAGGCGGACGCGAGCGCGGAAGGGCUGCUGCUGCCGCUGCCGCCGCCGCCGCCUCCCGCCGAAGGAAGGCCGAGUAUCCCCGGCGACGUUGCUGCCGCCGCAGACAAAGCCAGGAGCCCGAGGAGACCCCGACCGGUCCCGAAGCGGAACCCCCGCCGCCGCCAGCCGCCAAGAAGGGGACCCCGCGUGGCACAUAUCUGGAUAAAGCUGCAGUCAAAGAUCCCAAAGAAGAGACAGAAGAGGAAGAUAUCUCCAGUAUUAUUACUACUGGAACCCCAGUUAGUUCAGCCAGGCCCAGUCGGGGCUGGCGUAGCAACAGGGCAACUGCUGCUAUUCGUCAGUGUGAUGCAGAAAAUUCACGGAGCUCUAGAUCCAAGACUGGGUCACUACAACUUAUCUGCAAGUCAGAACCAAACACAGACCAGCUAGAAUUUGAAAUCACAGAAGAGCAUUCUUCUCCAGCUGGAAUAAGUGAUGAAGAAGAAAUGCUAAUUAGUGAAGAAGAGGUUCCCUUCAGAGAUGAUCCCAGAGAUGAAACCUAUAAACCUCAUUUAGACAGGGAAGCUCCAAAGCAAAGGAAAAAAACUGGGAAGGGAAAGGAAGAAAAGGAAAAACAGAAAGAAAUUAAAGUGGAAGUAGAGGUCAAAGAAGAAAGUGAAUUUCGGGAAGAUGAGGAGCCACCUAGGAAGAGAGGAAGGAGAAGAAAAGAUGACAAGAGCCCACGACUUCCAAAAAGGAGGAAGAAGCCCCCAAUACAGUAUGUACGCUGUGAGAUGGAAGGAUGCGGCACAGUUCUUGCACACCCUCGCUAUCUACAGCAUCACAUCAAAUAUCAGCAUUUAUUGAAAAAGAAAUAUGUGUGUCCUCAUCCUUCAUGUGGGCGACUGUUCCGGCUCCAGAAGCAGCUUUUGCGUCAUGCCAAACACCACACAGAUCAAAGAGAUUACAUCUGUGAAUAUUGUGCCCGUGCUUUCAAGAGUUCCCACAAUCUAGCAGUUCAUCGAAUGAUCCACACAGGCGAGAAGCCAUUACAAUGUGAGAUCUGUGGAUUCACAUGCCGGCAGAAAGCCUCAUUGAAUUGGCACAUGAAAAAGCAUGAUGCAGAUACCUUUUACCAGUUUUCUUGCAAUAUCUGUGGAAAGAAGUUCGAGAAAAAGGACAGUGUAGUAGCACAUAAGGCCAAGAGUCAUCCAGAAGUUCUUAUUGCUGAAGCACUGGCAGCCAAUGCAGGUGCCCUCAUCACCAGCACUGAUAUCUUGGGUACCAGUCCAGAAUCUAUUGUCCAGCCCACUGAUAACCAGGGCCUUCCUCUUCUUCCAGAUCCCCUUGGAAACAGCACUCCUGGAGAGUGUCUACUGCUGGACCCUGAUGGGAUGCCUAAGGCAUAUUGUAGUGGGAGUGACCGGGUCAAUCUAAUGGCUGAUGGCAAGAUUUUUGUUGACAGUGCUAGUGGGGAGAAUGCAGAAGGGCUCGUCAUGAACACAGAAAUCCUUGGGGCUACCACUGAAGUUCUAAUUGAAGAUUCGGAUUCUGCAGGACCUUAGUGGGAAAGGAGCACAUGCCUUUUAGGACAACAUGAACUUGUAUUUAAAAAAAAUUAAUUGGGGAAAACUUACUCAACAUAGAUGAAAACUAAACUACUAGUCAAAUAACUAAAGGGCCUGCUACCCCUCUCCCCCCUCCCAUGGAUCACUACACAUUCUUUCACAGUUCCCUUCUUGAAGAGGAAUGUUGCCUUUACGCAGACUGACAAAGCAAAAGAAUUCUUGCAAUGCAGUGGAGGGAAGCAGCCAGAGCUUCUCCCUCUCCCUACUCUCCCAAAGUAAGCAGACUUUUUGCUUCUUGACCAUGCUGCAAGAUUAAAGGUGUUUGUACUCUGGACCAGUAUCUUUCUCAGCACCUUUCUUUGCUCCCCCAGUUAUAUCAUCCUGUUCUAUGCAUUACAGAAUUCUGACCCUUGCAGGCUCUUUUGUUUCCCUCUAGGGCUUUGGAAUAUAGCUUGGCACUUUAGAACCCCUCAGCAGGAUGAGCUGUAAAACAGCAUAUAUUCUCCCUCCCUCCCUUUCCCCUUGCAUCCUUCCCUCUGCUUCUAUAAGGAAAGGGAGGGAAUACUGGCACUCUGGUGCUCACUUUUUCAAAGAGGAGUGCCAUUCUUUUGUACAGUUGCUCUGGCUUCAAAGGUUCUGUGUGGGAGAGGCAGAGAGAAUGGGUGCUAGGCUUGUAAAAGAAAACUUGCACUUUGAACAUGUCUUGUUUUUAAGUUGUGGUAACAAAUAUUUUUAUUUAUUUGAUUUUUUAAAAGUCUGUUUUAGUUGCUGUCCAGGAAGGAUUUUAUUCCACGUCUGAAUCUCUUUAGCAAACUACACUAGGAACUGCCCCUCGCCCAAAGUGAAGGAAAUGCUCAUAGAGCAGUAUAGAUCUUACAGAGGUACCUGCUUGCUUUAGUAUUUGAUGUUUGCUGGAAAAGACUUUCUUUGUGGAGGUGUGAGAAUUGCUUUAAAGAUUUGACCUUUAGUCAUUCAUCCCCAACUUCCCUAAUGUUUUCCUUGUGUAUAUUGUUUUCUUAGCUUUGUGUUUCUCUCUAACUUUGAUGAAUAAGCAGCAAACUUUGCCUUGAGGAAGUUAUAUUAACUCUAAACAGCAUGAUAGCUGAUACUCUUAAUAUUUUCUGCCUUUUAAACCCUUUGGUUCUGCCCUUGAAAACACAUUUAGAAGCAAAACUGGCAUCAGGUAGCAGCAACUCCAGAUCUCCUCAGUCAUGCAUCUGAUGUAGGCACAUACAAUCUUGUUUCUGUGAAAUUUCAUGGCUUGAAUGUCUCCAGAAAGUGAAAGAUGCCUAGCACGUGAGGUAGAACAUAAUAAAGCACUGUGACUUUUCAAAGAUUUACUUAAGUCACAAUUUGUUUGAGCAUUUGACUGUGUCGUAAUAGCUUGUGGUGUCACAAUAUCCCAGUUAUGAUAGUCUUUUCUCAUAGGGACUUCUCUUGGGUCUAAACAUAAUCAGUUUUGUUUCUGGUUGGGUUUGGUUUUUUUGCCACCCUAUAAGCAAUGCUUAUACUUAAAGACAAGUGUGUUUUAGUUUAGAACUCUACCUCAUAUACCUCUGAACCCUGCAGUGUAUUAUAAGCUAGCAUUAAUUUUGCAUUUUCCAUCCUUUACAGUUUCAGUUGUCUGAAAAUGAGUCCAAAAGCACUUCCUUUACUUAGCUGGAGGGUAACUAUCAACAGGGUGUAAUAGGGCACAGUCUCUGGAGGCCACUAGAGAUUUUAAUUCACACCACACCUUCUAUUUCUGCCAACCUAGUUGGAGGUUUGUCAGCAACCAGCCAGGCUACAGUAUGUAACUGGUGUGUCAUCUGCAUCUUAAGGGCCAUUUGUGCUACAGGUCCUCUGAUUAAGGUUGACACCUGAAAAGUACUUGCAGUUCAAGCUUGUUUUGUGUGCUACCGAAGUGAGUAUACUAUCUCAACUAUGCUACAUUUCACUUCUAAGAACAGAUGAUAAUAGACAUUCUGUUUUACCUCUCUAGGGACUUUUAAUCUUUUAGGGAAAAGGCUGUAGCUGUCAGUGUACUUGAAGUCCUUUUCUAGCUUGAAUUACUGUCAGCCUCUUGUCUGCCUUUCUUGGACAGCUCUGUUAGUCUGUUUUUUUUUUUUCACUCCCUACUGGGGUAUGUCUGUCUGCAGUUUUGUUUCAAGUAACAUUGUUUUGUGUUUAACUGGGUCAGCCCUUGCACUCUUGGUUGAAUAAUUUCUGGUUUUAGAUUACUGAACUGAAACCAUUGGUCUUGACAUAAAAGUAUUCUUGCUGCUUCCCUUUAAUGUCUCUCCCACCACACGCAUGCAGUUUUGCUUCAAUUAGUUACUGUAGUAGCUGCAAUAAACUAUAUUUUUAAUAGGAAGAUUUUUUUCCCAUGGGAAGGAAGCAUGGUGCUGGGAGCUUGAAGCUAUAGAUUAUCCAUCCCACUGUAAUAUGGGAUAGUUUACAGUAAUUAAUCUGAUAUGGGCCCACUCCAGAUGCAUUCUAUAAUCUGGUCCUAUUUUAAACUCACUGGCUCUAUAUGUUUUGGAACCUCUUCCUGAUAAUCUACGGGAUGAUUUGAAUCCCUUCCCUCUUUCUUUCAAAAGCUGACACAAACUUCUUUCCUGGUCAGAUGAAUACAGAUUCUUUUUUCAGAAUUUUCUCUGAACAUUAAUAGAAUAGGACAGAUGAGAGGAAGCUCAGGAGUUUUUCAAGGAGUCUGCUUAGUGUGUGAGAAAUGUUCUGUCUACUUCAAAUAGUUUCUGAACAAUGGCACAAUGCUGAAGCCUUGGCAGGGGCAGGGAGAGGAGGGGUUGAACUGUAACUCCGUGGAGAAGUUUUCCAGGGCGAGAGUGGAGAGCUGGGGGAAAACUGCACUAGCAUUGUGAAUCCUACCAGAGAGGGGGCAGGAUUUGCAAUACUUAGCAGAACUACCUGAAGUAGUAGCCACUGGGUGGCAACAGAGCUGUGUUGCAUUGUGGCACACCCCUAUUUUUUAGUGUUAAGCGAAAGGAUGGUUUAGCUGACAAGUCUUUGAUUGCUUAAAAGCCUUGUUGCAUAUAAAGUUUUCCACAAAGUGAUGGUGGAGAUUGGGGGGGGGGGGGGGGGGGGGCAGUGAUCCAUGUUGAUAAAAGGUUGUGUAUAAAAAAGUCAAUAAAACAUUAAAAAGGGAUACUGUUUUUCAUCUCUUGUCUUAAAGCUGGGUAAGCCAUAACCAAAAUAAAUACUUAAAUGGGGAAAAUAAUCUUUUGUGCUUUAUUGUAUGUUGUUUGGAAUGUGCAAAUGUAAGGGUGGCUGCUUCCCAUGUACUUACAGUAGUCUGUAAAGUAAGUCUAUGCCACUAGUGAGUCAGCUGAAGCAUCCUGUGUAGUGGGAGCAAAACAGCAUCCUUGUCAGCAUCCCAAUACAAUCAUGAAGGAACUGUGCCUGUCAGAUGGUGGGAAGACAUGUAUUUAUGAAUUUAUAUAACCCAUGAAACACUGCAUCAUAACACUGGUACUUUAACAGUAAGCUCACAACAAAAGUAUGCCUUAUAGUUAGGAGUAUGACAAUUGCCUAAUGGGAAAUGAGUCAGUAUAUUGAAGAAGAGUGGGUU